UCGGGAGGCGGGGCAGGAGGCGGGGCUGCGGCAGAUGUCACUCCACCCCUCUGAGCGUUACAGACGGGCUUUAGGACCUGGUGUAGCACGGAAUGUGGCUUGGAGGCGGGCUAGGGGAGGCCGUCGCUGAUAUCUAACGUCACCAGGUCGCGCUGGCGGAAGUGAGGACACCAACAGCGUCGGACGAACAUUUCUCUUUCCUCUCAGCUUUCUCGCACCAUGGCGGCCCCUGCCCAGCAGCCUGCUCAGCCUGGCGGCGGGAAGCGCAAAGGCAAGGCUCAGUAUGUGUUGGCCAAGCGGGCUCGGCGCUGCGACGCCGGCGGGCCCCAUCAGCUAGAGCCCGGGCUGCAGGGCAUCCUCAUCACCUGCAACAUGAACGAGCGCAAGUGCGUGGAGGAGGCUUACAGCCUACUCAACGAAUAUGGCGACGACAUGUAUGGGCCAGAAAAGCUUACAGACAAGGAUCAGCAGCCUUCUGGAAGUGAGGGAGAAGAUGAUGAUGUGGAGGCUGCCUUGAAGAAAGAAGUUGGUGAUAUUAAGGCAUCUACAGAGAUGAGACUAAGAAGAUUCCAGUCAGUGGAAAGUGGAGCAAAUAACGUCGUCUUCAUCAGGACACUUGGAAUAGAACCUGAGAAAUUGGUGCAUCAUAUUCUCCAGGAUAUGUACAAAACCAAGAAGAAGAAGACUCGAGUUAUUCUACGAAUGUUACCCAUCUCAGGCACAUGCAAGGCUUUUUUAGAAGAUAUGAAAAAAUAUGCAGAAACAUUUUUGGAACCCUGGUUUAAAGCUCCAAACAAAGGGACAUUUCAGAUUGUGUACAAAUCUCGAAAUAACAGUCACAUGAAUCGAGAAGAAGUUAUCAGAGAAUUGGCAGGAAUAGUGGGCACCCUCAAUUCAGAAAAUAAAGUGAAUCUGACCAAUCCACAGUACACGGUGGUAGUAGAAAUCAUCAAAGCUGUCUGUUGCCUGAGUGUUGUGAAAGAUUACAUGUUGUUUAGAAAAUACAAUCUCCAGGAGGUGGUGAAGAGCCCUAAGGAUCCGUCACAGCUUAUCUCAAAGCAGGGAAAUGGUACAGAAACUAAAUUGGAAUCUGCUGACAAAUCAGAUCAAAACAACAUAGCAGAAGGAAAAAAUAACCAGCAGGUACCACAGAAUACUGAUGAGCUGGGGCAGACAAAACCAACGUCUAAUCCCCAGGUGGUGAAUGAGGGAGGAGGCAAACCUGAACUUGCAAGUCAAGCCACAGAAGGAUCCAAGUCAAAUGAAAAUGACCUCUCAUAGGAGGUCAUUUGGUGUGGAGGUGGGUUUUCCAACUGGGGUUCUGUGAGAUUUUGCUGGGGUUCCACCUGAAAUUGUGACUAAAAACAGUUUUUUAUUUGCGUGCUGCAUUAUGCUGUUCUCACAGUAGUGAACAAUGAUUGCGCAGCCCUGUUCACAGUUUUGUUAGGGAUCUUUCAGCCCUUCUGGUAUUAUGUAUGGGCAGACUAAUGUGCUACUAUUGCAAAGAGGGGAGGAUGGGAGAAGGGGGAUGUUGGCCUCUCCCAGUUUCCUCUUAUGCAGCUGACUUACGGGAGUGAACUGACUGUGAAGUAGAAAAUCAGAAGGAAGUUUUCAUUCUAAGGAAGGAGUUUUUGCAUGCCACAACUCAGCUGUCCCCUGCCACUUUAUUGGAACCACUGCAAAAAUGUGGAUCAUAUAGGUUAGAAGUGAAUGGUUAGUGAAGUUUUUGGACUUUGGUGAUUUUCUUGUUUGAUUAUAUGUGUUUUUAUAUUUUAUUAACAUUGGUGUGUAACAAAGCUGACAGUCCAGUGCUGCAAUUCUGGAAGGCAAGAUGUGAGAAAGAAGAGAACCUUUUUAGGCAUAGAGCUACAGACACUUCUGAAAAAGUUGUUGAUGAAUUUCAGUCUUCUGAGUAUACUUCAGUAUACUAGUGCAACAAGGGACACAAAGAAAUUCUGUCUUUAUAAUGAAAGCUACUUCUCAACGGUUUUAUAUGGACUCAGUCCAAGCUGUCCUGUCCCGUUGUGCAUUGUCUGUGGCAUACAACUUAGAAAACUAGCAGUUCUCACUGUAAAUCACAGCCACUUGAGAAGAAAGGAUAUUUAUUAUUUUCAAAUGGCUUUUGAUUAUCAAAACAGUAAGGCUUUUGUUCAGAAACCACAUUUAGUCAAAAGGUUUAGGAAGCAAAUUAUUUAGUAGCAGGAAAGGAAAAUAAUGCACAGUUGGUGAAAAAUCUAAUAACAUUAAAAUGCUGGGGCAAGAUGCAGUACAAAAUUGAAAAGACUUUAUUCUCAGUAAGUUGAUUUACUGAUGAUAUCUCAUAUGAUACUAAAAAGAUUUUGUGUCAGCAAAAUCCUGAAAAGGAGCAGCUUCUCUAUCCAGGAUGAUGAGUCAACAGGUUUCACUAAUAUUUGUCAUGCUGUAGCAUUUAUAAGAUGUGUAAAUGAUGAAAUUCAAAUAAAACUUCUCUUGCUAGGAGGCUGCCAAAACAAAGGCCAUUAUAUAAUGUUGCUACAUCGUAUCUGAUAACCAGAGGUCUGUUAUCUACACUCCUGGUGCCCCAUCAGUGGUUGUUUCCAUGUUAUUUUGCGUUAUUUAAAAAAAAAAAUCCUAAUGUUGACAUUUUAGCAUAGUGCUUUCUUCCCAGAGAUGCUGAUACCAAAAACUUGAAGAUACAGUGAUGUUCUGAAUAAUGCUGCAAAACUGGUUACCUGUAUCAAAGACCCGUUUAUGCAGAAAUGUUAAAAAAACACCCAAAACAAAAACCUGGGCAAACAAGCAGCAUAAACUUACUGCACCGUACAGACAUCCAGUGGUGUAUCAGAGGAGGAGUUCUCUACAGGAUAUUUGAAUUGAAAGGUGAAUGCCGGAAUACUUACAAGGAAACAGCUUCUGCUGAGCUUUGGAAAUGAAAAAUGACUUUGGAAAUGAAAAAUAGGAAGUAGCCUAUUUAGUAGACAUUUUUCAUCACAUGAACAAAUGAACAAGUCUGAAAGGUUCUGGGGAAAAAUUCUUUCUUAAAGUGACAAGAGUCUUAGAUCCAAAAGGAAACUGACUUGCCACCUUGCCAGAGGAAUUCUUGAACUGUUUCUGUAGUCACUUGGACUUGAAAAUGAAGAGUACAGCUCUCAAAUCUUGCUCUAACCCACUUGGAGGAACCACAAAACCCAGUUAAAUAGCAUUUUCUCUCCUUUUCCCAGCACUCGUAUGUAACUGCAUAUGAAGAACCUUUUCUCUAAAUCUGCUCAGCUUGAAAUUUUGUCUCUGAUGGAAGAGAAUGAACACAGCCCUAGUUGGACAGUCCUAGGUUUCUGUGAAAUAAGAGAAUUCUUCAACUUAGUGCUCACACUCACAUACAAUGAGGGUUCCCUGCAGGGGUUUCCUGAAUUUGAAAGUGUUUUCAAGGCUUGUUUUUGGGUAAAGCAAUUGAAAAAGGCAGACGCCAACAAAGUGUGCAAAACAAGCUGUCCAGAUUAAGAAUAUUAAGGAGCUGUAAAGUUAGCUUGCGGAAAUAGGCUUAUCCUUAAGUUUUAAAAAGUUAGGAAGAAGUAAAAACGUUAGGCUUCCUGCACAAGUGGCUAUGUUUACUUAAUGGCUAGUGAACAUGGGAAUAUAUUUUUAUCCUUCUAACUAGUGGUUCUGUUUGGUAAACCAGACUAGAAUGAUUUGAGAGGGGCAAAGAUAAGGCAGGACUUUCCUUCUAUAGCUUUACAUAUUUAGAAUGUUAAUGAUGUUGAAAUUAUCUUGAAAGGAUUGAUAAGAGGAUUCUUUUUUUUUUUUUUUUUUUAAAUGCCCGUUCCCCACCUCCAAUAAGAGGAUUCUUAAUUUAGGAUAAUAGGGAGGAUAGGAUUUUGGUGCCUUCUUCAGCAAAGUUGCUCCAAGACAAAGAUUCUUUUAUUUUGAUAGUCAAGACAAAAGGACUUGGGAAAAAAUUGGCCAUAUGCCUACAUACAACUCUGGAACUACGUUGUUUUUACUUUGUGAAAGCUGCUACUCUAUGGAAAGAUUUCAAUUUUGUAGUUUGUUUUUAAUUGCCUUUUAUAUUUAUUUGUAUUUGAUAAGGCUCAGUAGUUAUACAGGCUGUUUUUCCCGGCUACAAAAUCCUGUGCUCGGUUGUAACCUGAACUCAUUAAAAGAUUUGUUUUCACGUUUAUCAACUGUUUAUUUUCACUGACAUUUGAACAUGUUAUUUAUAAAUGAUGAGGUUCCAGGGUAGGAAGUAAGUGCUUUUUAUUCCCCUUUAGUUUUUUUCUUUUAAAAAAUUAUGUCAGUUAAAAACAAAAAUCUACAGUCUGUGGUUUAUAAAACUUGUUUAGCUCCAUAGAGGGAAGAGUGUUAAACUUUGUAUUUUAAAACAUGUUUAUCUAAGGUUAAACAUGGUUUUCCAAUGUUACUUUUUACUUGUAUUUUGCUUUUGGUAUGGCCAAAUCGAGCUUGUUUUUCAUAGGUUCCUGAUAUUUUCAGAAAAAUGAAAAUAAAUUUGUUCCCUACAAA